CCGAAAAGAAUUUUUCUAAUCCGACACGGUGAGAGUGAAGGAAAUAUUAAUUCGCAUAUUUAUUCAAUUAAACCAGAUAAUAAGAUUGAAUUGACAGCUAAGGGAAUUCAACAAGCUGAUGAAGCUGGUAAGAAAUUGAAGGAAAUUAUUGGUGAUGAAUCUGUUAUCUUUAUUGUGAGUCCAUAUAGAAGAUCAGUUCAGACAUUUGAAGGAAUUGCUAACCAUUUUGGAGGAAUGGAAAAUGUAACUGUAAAGGAAGAUCCAAGAUUGAGAGAACAAGAUUUUGGAAAUUUCCAAGAUCCAGCAGAUAUCAAAAUUAGACAAGAGGAAAGGAGAAGAUUCGGAUCAUUCUAUUAUAGAUUUCCUUCAGGGGAGAGUGGAAGUGAUGUCUAUUGUAGAGUGUCUAGUUUUUGUGGAUCUCUUUUCAGAAGUAUGGAAAAUCAGAGACAACCUUAUGAAAAUUAUGUCCUAGUUUCACACGGAUUGACCUGUAGAUUAUUUUUAAUGAGAUACUUCCAGUGGUCAGUAGAUACCUUCCAUGCCUUGUGGAAUCUUCAAAAUUGUCAAAUUGUUACAAUGGAACUU